AUGUCAUCCAUAAAAACAGCGUCAGAAGAACAAAGAAAGCUUAUAGAACAACUAUUAGGUAAGGAUACUAGGUACUAUGCUCGGAAAGAGUUGAGUUUGAAUGAUCCAAGGAUAUGCAAGAGCUACUUAGUCGGAUAUUGUCCUUAUGAUUUAUUUCAAAAUACAAAGCAAAGUAUUGGUCGCUGCCCCCAAAUUCAUUUACAGAAACACAAGCUGCAGUAUGAAAAAUUGAAAGAAGAAGGAGCAACAUUUCCCGAGUUUGAGACGGAGUAUUUCCUUGUGCUAUCGAGAUUUAUUAACGAAUGCAAUAAUCAAAUAGCGACAGCAUUAAAAAGCUUGGAGCAUACCUUCGAAGAGCGAGAAAGAAUUAAGGAGGUUGCCAGCGAGUUGGAUGAAUUAGAUACUAGGAUUGGGUUAAUGCAGGAGGAAAUAAAUACGCUUAUUACAAAAGAUGAAGUCUCAAAAGCUAUGAUUCAGUCAAUUAAAUUCAAAGAACUAUUGGAAAAGAGAGCUAUAGUGGCCAAAAAAGUUAAGAAUAUAACAGAAAAUGUGGGUCAAAGUGCACAACAAAAGUUACAGGUCUGUGAAAUAUGUGGUGCAUAUUUAUCCAGACUUGACACAGAUAGAAGGUUGGCCGAUCAUUUCUUGGGUAAAGUUCAUUUGGGUUACGUCAAAAUGAGAGAACAUUAUAAUUAUUACAAGAAUAAAAAAAUUUGA